CGAAAACUGUGAACAAUGUUACAGUGGACAUCUUGGUGAAUAAACACGGCCGAACCUCCACCUCACGUACUGGAACGCGAAGCGGAGAAACACCUGUAGUUUUUUUUAACAAAUUUGACGCUUCUGCAGUUUCGUGGAACCAUGUUUCUGUAACCGCUAUUACGUCGAUACGAUUAUGAAUUUCGUCCAGCAGAAACUUCAAUUCGUUCGGUUGGUGAAACCUCUCAGGUUGGUAAUAAUGCAGCAAAGCAGUAAAGCGUCCAGCAGUAGUGGAUCGAGUUCGGAGAAGCAAAGCGGCCAUGCACAUUACAAACCAAUUCACCGAGGUCUGGAAAUGGCUAGCCCGGUAGCGAAACCGGAAGCGGAACAAACGGGAAGACGCGUUUAUGUUGUGCGGCAUGCAGAGCGAAUUGACAUGACCUUCGGCAAUUGGAUUCCCGACAGCUUUGAUGACGCUGGAACGUACGUCAGGAAAGAUUUGAAUAUGCCGCAAUCACUACCGUCAAGGAAACCCAGUCUAUGGGAGCUUGAUUCGCCACUAACUAACUUGGGAUGCUAUCAAGCCAGCUUAACGGGGGACGCAAUGAAGGAGGCUGGCGUGCGCAUUGAUCAUGUGUUCAGUUCCCCCUCGUUUCGCUGCAUACAGACUGCCUCGUCUAUCCUGGAAAGUCUUGGAAUGCGCGAGAGUCACCCCAUUCGAAUCGAACCGGGACUGUUUGAAUGGAUCGGUUGGUAUCCGAACGGACUGCCGAACUGGAUUUCAAGCGACGAGCUAAAAGCUGCAGGACACAAUAUCGCGUCGAAUUAUACACCCAUCACCAGUAAGGAAGAUUUAAUACAGCACCAAAAUGAGGACCUUGAAGGUUACUAUAGAAGAAAUGCCGUACUUGCGAAGAAAAUAGUUGAAAAUAAUGAAGGAAACCUCCUGCUUGUCGGUCAUGCUGCAACGCUGGAUACUUGUACUCGGCCUCUGGUGAGCUCAGAAAAGGCACCGAUAGGGCAGCUGAUACCGAAGCUGCUUAAAAUCACAUACUGCAGCAUGGCCAUGAUGGAAUCGACCGACGGUGGGUGGAAACUGGCAAAACCACCCUGUCCACCUUUCACCAACACCAAAAACGACCGUUUCGAUUGGAAUUAUUUAUUGUAGAUAGUUUUUAAAUGUUUUAAGUGCACGUCAUACCACCACCAGUUUGUUCUAACCGUGUGUCACAAACUAAAA